AUGUAUUUGUCAAGAUUCCUGUCACUUCAUGCCCUUUGGGUUACUGUAUCUUCAGUGAUGCAGCAUUAUCCUUCGGUGUGGGGACAUUAUGAUGUGUGUAAGACUCAGAUUUACACAGAAGAAGGAAAAAUUUGGGAUUACAUGGCCUGUCAGCCGGAAGCCAGAGACAUGAUCAAAUAUGUAAAAGUGACCCUGGAUCCCCCUGAUAUAACAUGUGGAGAUCCUCCCGAGACCUUCUGUGCAAUGGGGAAUCCCUACAUGUGCAAUAAUGAAUGUGAUGCAACUACCAAUGAACUGGCACAUCCACCUGAACUGAUGUUUGAUCUUGAAGGAAGACAUCCCUCCACAUUUUGGCAGUCUACAACUUGGAAAGAUUAUCCCAAACCUCUCCAGGUUAACAUUACCCUCUCCUGGAACAAAACCAUUGAACUAACUGAUAACAUAGUUAUCACCUUUGAAUCUGGCCGUCCAGACCAAAUGAUCCUGGAGAAAUCACUUGACUAUGGGCGAACAUGGCAACCAUACCAGUAUUAUGCCACAGACUGCUUAGACGCUUUCCAUAUGGAUCCCAAAUCAGUGAAGGAUUUAUCACAGCACACAGUCCUAGAAAUCAUUUGCACAGAAGAAUACUCCACUGGGUACAUGACAAAUAGUAAAAUCAUCCACUUCGAGAUCAAAGAUCGAUUUGCAUUUUUUGCUGGACCUCGGCUUCAUAAUAUGGCUUCCCUGUAUGGCCAGCUUGACACAACCAAGAAGCUGAGAGAUUUCUUUACCAUCACAGACCUGAGAAUCAGAUUGCUCAGACCAGCAACUGGGGAAAUAUAUGUUGAUGAGCAACACUUGGCACGCUACUUUUAUGCAAUUUCAGACAUAAGGGUAUAUGGAAGGUGCAAGUGUAACCUUCAUGCCACUGGCUGUAAAGAAGAAAACAAAAAAUUGUUUUGUGAAUGUGAGCACAAUACUACAGGCCCAGACUGCGGGAAAUGCAAGAAGAAUUAUCAGGGUCGACCUUGGAGUCCUGGCUCAUAUCUGCCUAUUCCUAAGGGCACAGCAAAUAUCUGUAUUCCCAGUAUUUCCAGUAUUGGUAAUCCACCAAAGUUUGAUAGGAUAUGGCCGAAUAUUUCUUCCCUUGAGGUUUCUAAACCAAAUCAAGACUGUAAUUGUAACCCUUUUGGCUCUGUCCGUGAUCGCUGUAAUGACACAGGAUUCUGUGAGUGUAAGGAGGGAACAUCAGGGACUAAAUGUGAUAAGUGUCUGCUGGGAUAUAUCUGGCACAGCUUAGGCUGUCAACCAAAUGUAUGUGACAAAGAACUACUGCAAUGCCAGAAUGGAGGAACAUGCCUCAAAAACAUGCGAUGCCAGUGCCCUCCAGCCUACACUGGCAUUUUGUGUGAGAAGCUGAAGUGUGAAAGGGAUCCAGGAGGUUGCAGCCAAAACUCCGGGAACAUGGCCGUAUCACAUGGCCCUCUAUUACCGCUGACUGCUCUACUAGGAGUAACUGGGCUUUUCAUAUUCUAG